AUGCUUGCCAACGCAGCCACCAUGCGGAUCCUCAUCAAGGGAGGGAAGGUGGUGAACGACGACUGCACGCUGGAGGCGGAUGUCUACAUUGAGAAUGGCAUCAUCCAGCAAGUGGGCCGCGAGCUCAUGAUCCCCGGCGGUGCCAAGGUCAUUGAUGCCACCGGCAAGCUUGUCAUCCCUGGCGGCAUCGACACCAGCACCCACUUCCACCAGACCUUCAUGAAUGCCACCUGCGUGGACGACUUCUACCAUGGCACCAAGGCAGCCCUGGUAGGAGGGACAACGAUGAUCAUUGGCCAUGUCCUGCCUGACAAGGAGACCUCACUGCUGGACGCCUAUGAGAAGUGCCGCAGCCUGGCCGACCCCAAGGUCUGCUGUGACUACGCCCUGCACAUGGGCAUCACUUGGUGGGCACCCAAGGUGAAGGCAGAAAUGGAGACACUGGUGCGGGAAAAGGGGGUGAACUCCUUCCAGAUGUUCAUGACCUACAAGGACCUGUACAUGCUGCGGGACAGCGAGCUCUACCAGGUCUUCCGGGCCUGCCGUGACUUUGGUGCCAUUGCCCGCGUCCAUGCCGAGAACGGCGAGCUGGUGGCUGAGGGAGCAAAGGAGGCACUGGACCUGGGCAUCACGGGGCCAGAGGGCAUUGAGAUCAGCCGGCCCGAAGAGCUGGAAGCCGAGGCCACGCACCGUGUCAUCACCAUUGCCAACAGGACCCACUGCCCUGUUUACCUUGUGAACGUCUCCAGUAUGUCUGCAGGGGAUGUCAUUGCUGCUGCCAAGAUGCAAGGGAAGGUGGUGUAUGCAGAGACAACCACAGCGCACGCCACUCUCACCGGGCUGCACUACUACCACCAGGACUGGUUCCAUGCUGCUGCCUACGUCACCGUGCCACCGCUGCGCUUGGACACCAACACCUCAGCCUACCUCAUGAGCCUGCUUGCCAAUGACACCCUGAACAUCGUGGCCUCUGACCACCGGCCCUUCAGCACCAAGCAGAAAGCCAUGGGCAAAGAGGACUUCACCAAGAUCCCCCACGGCGUCAGCGGCGUGCAGGACCGCAUGAACAUCAUCUGGGAGCGAGGCGUGGUUGGGGGCAAGAUGGAUGAGAACCGCUUCGUGGCCGUGACCAGUUCCAACGCUGCCAAGAUCCACAACCUGUACCCCCGCAAAGGCCGGAUCAUCCCCGGGGCUGACGCCGAUGUCGUCGUCUGGGACCCUGAAGCCACUAAAACCAUCUCGGCCAGCACCCAGGUGCAGGGGGGGGACAUCAACCUGUACGAGAAUAUGCGAUGCCAUGGGGUGCCCCUGGUCACCAUCAGCCGUGGGCGCGUGGUCUACGAGAACGGUGUCUUCAUGUGUGCUGAGGGCACCGGCAAGUUCUGCCCGCUCCGCUCCUUCCCAGACUCUGUCUACAAGAAGCUGGUGCAGCGGGAGAAGAGUUUAAAGCUGCGGGGUGUGGAUCGCACCCCAUACCUGGGGGACGUGGCCGUGGUUGUGCAUGCUGGGAAAAAAGAGACGGGGACGCCCCUGGCCGAUACCCCCACACGGCCUGCCACGCGACACGGGGGCAUGAGGGACCUCCACGAGUCCAGCUUCAGCCUCUCCGGUUCUCAGAUCGAUGACCACGUUCCAAAGCGAGCUUCGGCCCGGAUUCUCGCUCCCCCCGGAGGCCGGUCGAGCGGCAUUUGGUAG